AAAUUUUUACUUCCGAUUAGCAUGACAAAAACGCACAUUAGGAAAAAUGUCUCACCAAGGGUUUCAACUAUUUGCUUUCUGUUCUGUUUAUUUAACAUAGUUGGAUUGGCAGCAAGUGAGGACGAUCAACUUGUAUUUGUUAACUUGAUAUGGCGACACGGUGCCAGAAGUCCUGUGCGUACUUAUCCAACGAACCCAUAUAAUAAUCAACGUGUUUGGCCUCAAGGUUUUGGCCAACUGACACAGCUUGGAAUGCAACAACAUUAUAAAUUGGGUCAAUAUUUUAGAGAACGUUAUCAUUCUUUUCUAAAUGUUUCUUUUUACAACAGAAGUCAGAUUUACAUCCGAAGUACAGAUUUUGAUCGAACACUUAUGAGUGCUGAAUCAAACAUGGCUGGUUUGUUUCCACCAGAAGGAAAACAAAAGUGGAAUGGUACAAACACAUCAUGGCAGCCUGUGCCAAUACAUACCGUGCCAAAACCUCAGGAAGAAGUUCUAAGAUUUCCAGUGACAAAAUGUAAUUUAAAAUACAAUCAACUGCUUAAAGAUGUGUUUGCAAGCAAGGAAUAUAAAGCUGUGGAUGUGAAAUAUCAGGGGUUUUACAAACAAAUUGCUGCUGAUGUUCAAUGGAAGGGUGAAUUAAACUUGAAUAAUCUUUGGAUAAUAAGUGAUCCCAUAAUAUGUGAGGAUGCAGCAAACCUAACACUUCCAACUUGGGUUUCUGAAUCUGUUCUUAAAACUUUUCGUGAAAUUGUUGGAAUUGAAAUGUCGGUGAAAUUUGGAGGCCUACCUGUUCAUUAUAGGAUACCGAUGGCUAGGAUUAAUGGAGGGCUGCUUGUGAAACAAAUUAUUGACAACAUUAAAUUAAACAUCAAUGGAAGCUCAAAUUACAAAGUUGUUGCUUAUUCUGCUCAUGACACAACAUUAUCAGCAUUGCUUGUUGCAUUGGCUUGUUUCAACAACUUGCCACCACCAUUUGCAUCAACAGUUAUUAUAGAAAUGUACAAUUCAACAUCAGGAUAUUAUAUCAAAGCAUUUUAUCGAAACUCAACCAUUGAACCAUUUCCACUUGAUUUUCUUGGAUGUGGACAUAUUUGUCCUGUUUCUAAGUUCAUUCAACUGACGAGAAAUAUUAUUGUUGAUGAUUUAGACAAAGAAUGUUCCUUAGAUUCAACAUUUAUCAAUUUCCACAUAAGUUCUGGCGAUGACAUUGCAUUAUGUUGUUUGUUAGUCAUCACUUGGAUCAUAUUUGGAAUUAUUCUUUUUAAGUUGAGACGAAACAACUCAUCUUUUUACGAAUCUUUGCCUCUCAACGAUAAACAUAAUGUUGAUUUUAUUAAAUAAUGUCAAACUGUGAUUUAUAAAGCUUUUGGGCAUUUCUAUUUUAGCUGCCAGUAAAUUGUUGUUUUGUUUUUUUUUUAGUUGGACAUUGUGUUUGUUCAAAAAAAGUAUAAAACCACUUUUUUAAAAUAUGAAUGAAUGGCACCUAUUUACCAUAGCAUAGUGGGAAAGCGGUCGUUAUAACACAAAUGUUUUUUUUUUCUUUUUUUUCUGCUUAUAAGUUACCAUAUAACUUGAAGGUGAGAAAAUAUAAGAAUACUUUGUUUUUCUAUUGUUUUAUUGACGUGAACGUUGAGUGCAAUUUUUAAAAAAUAGUUGUGUUUUUAAAUCGGUUUGCAGAAGAACUAUUUUAAUGGACAUUAGUGUGGUUUGUUCAUCUUGUUUUAUUUACUUUCAGUGUUAGUGUGUCUCGAUUUGCACAUAUGCAGUAAAUCAGAGUAAAAUGCUAACUCUGGCAUUACCUUGUAUGGCUUGACCUGACCCUUUGGUUUAUAGAUUUGAAGCUCUAUUUAAAUGUUAAUCAUAGUGUUGCUGGCUGCCUAUUUCAAAUAAUGGACAUUUAUGCUAUUGCUAUACCAAGAUUGCCUUACUUUGUAUUCUGAAUAUUUAAUUGAAACUGAAAUAUUCUUCACCUUCGUUACUUCUGCAAUAGCGAAAAUGAAUAGGAAUCAAUUAAAAUACAAACAAGUUCA